CAGCUGGGAAAAGUGUGAACGUGUGGGAAAAACGUGUGACGGAGAAGAUGUAGAAGUCUGAACGUGUGUGUUUGUGGCUUUUGAAUAGUUUUCGCUUCAUAAGUGAAGACGAAAAGGCGAAUAAAGCUGAAGUGUGUCUUCAUCCUGAUAAUAAACAUCAUCAUCCUCUUUUCUCCUCCAGUCUGAAAGGUAGUUGCGAGUGCUGAUGGGGAAUUUUAAAGGCCAUGCACUACCCGGCAGCUUGUUUCUGAUCAGCGGCAUGUGGUGGGCGGUGAAGUACUCGCUGUGGUACGCCACCCGCAGGAACAAGAGCGCUGGUGCAGCCAGACUCACGACACGAGCCGCUCAGCACCGCCUUGAGAUCAUCGAAGGAGCCACGUUGCUCUUCUUCUCUGUUGUCGGAAUGCUAGCAGAACAGUUCACAGUUGAUGGACCGAAGCUCCACCUGUACAACUCGUCCACUCAGCACUGGGACAAACUGAUGAACUGGCAACACACAACCAUGUACCUGUUCUUCGGCCUGGCCGGAGCCACGUCCCUCACCGUCCACAGCACAAGUGCAGCUCCUCUGGCUUUAGAUCGCUUACUGCUGGGCCUCGCUUUCUUCAACGAAGGAUUCUUGUUCCUCUAUCACCUCCAUGGCAGAGACAUGCUGGACGUCCACGUGCACAUGCUCCUGCUGUACGGCGUGUUCGGAGGAGCGCUCGUCUGCCUGCUGGAGGUCUUCCACAGAGGAAACGUUCUGCUGGAGCUGUUACGAGCUGUACUCUGUCUGCUGCAGGGCAGCUGGUUCUGGCAGAUUGCCUUUGUGCUCUACCCCCCCAGCGAGGUGAAGUGGGAUCAGUCGGAUCACAACAACAUGAUGUUUAUUACCAUGUGUUACAGCUGGCACUUGGCCUUCGCUCUCAUCAUUGUGGCUGUAACACACACCACUGUUACAUGCGUGAUACGAUCCAAACUCAGGAGGAUGCCGCCGAUGGAAAUGGGUCUGCUGAAACCACAGGAAAGAGACGCAGACUCUGAAGAUGAGGUUUUAUAAGUAUUUAUCACCCACCUGCUGAGUUUUUACAAAGAACACACUCUCGAGAGUCGACUGGGAUCAGAACCAGUACCAUCAAAGCCAGUGGCAGGGACAGAGCUGACUGCACUGAGAGGCUGAGUGGGAACCACAAGGACUUAUCUUCAGCUGCCAUUACAUUAUGUCUGUUCUCUCUCUCUCUCACUCUCUCCCUCUCUCUCUCUCUCAAAAGGAAUACUUUAGUUAAUUUGAAUCAUAUUCUCUAUCUACUGUAUCUGUAGCUUACAGGAUUUUCACCAUGUUUUCUCUGCGCUUUAACCUGUUUACUGAAAACUUGCAGAUAAUAGAAAGUCUAAGGGCAGAUGUUGAUCUCAAUAAGAAAGUCUAAGGGCAAAUGUUUAUCUCAAUUAAUAUAAAAGUGUAACAGCAGAUGUUGAUCUUAAUGAUAAAGUCUAAGGGCAGAUGUUGAUCUUAAUGAUAAAGUCUAAGGGCAGAUGUUGAUCUUAAUGAUAAAGUGUAAGGGCAGAUGUUGAUGUCAAUUAAUACGAAGGUCUAAGGCCAGAUAUUGUUCUCAAUUAACAUGUCAAUUAAUAUUUAACAUAGUCAUUACACUGGAACAGUCAAGGUGUGAUGAUGUAAAAGGAAAGUCUUACCAAAUCUGUUCUGUCAGUCUUAUGCACAGUACUGUAGAAAGUAUUUUGUGUUACACUAUGCUUUCUACACUAUGCUUUUUUUGUCUUUACAUCAAACGUUAUAUUGAUUUAGAGUUUCACGUACAAACACAGAAACGUGAGAACUUAACAGACAGAGAAAUGCACAAUAAUACUAAUGGAAACAUCAGGGUGUGAACUGAAACUAAUCAAAAAGGGCUUUGGCACAGAACAGGUUAACACAAAGAAAAGCAGACGGGGAACGGAGAGACACAGAUCCAUGAAAAUGUACUAUAACAGUUUGAGCAGUUCAACAGCUGCCCUUAGACUUCUAUUAAGAAUGAGCUUGAAUAAAGUUUUGUGUCUUUUCACCAUGCAGGGAGCCAUAUUAAUAUUAAUAUUAUAUCUAUACUACAGAUAGAGAGAAUAGAUCGUGUUUACUCUUUAAAGAGACUCGCUCUGGUGCAAUCAUUCCUUACCUUUACUAGAAAAUACCAAAGAACCUCUGAUAUUUUGUCUAAAUAAUUUGUUACGAUGAGUGUGUGGUCAGAUACAUACAGUAUUUAUAUGUCACGUUUUCAUGGUUAAUACCAGCAGCUCUAAAAGGGAAAAAAACAGGAGCUCGUUAGGUGUUUAACGACUGCAGUUAGACACGGCGGUGACUAAAUCACUAGCUGUUGAUAUGAGUAUAGAUUUAACUUUUUCCUUUUUGACUCCUCUACCUGUAGGAUAUCACAAGGUUUGGUUCCAUUCUAUUGAAACUUUAGUACCUUCUGAGCAGAAAUAACAUCCAAUCUGGAGAGAAGCUUGAAUUACCAUGUAUUUAUUGACAGAAACUGACCUAUUUGGAUAUUUUGUAAAGAUAUCACCUCAAACUCUGAGGAUUUGAAAGCUUUUUAUUGUUUAACAGUAAUAUUAUAACUGAUGCGUUUUUGCAAAAUGGUGUGUGUAAUGUUCUUGUCUUUAUCAUUAAGCUAGUUUAGUUUUAUUAUUUUUUCCUACACACUGACUGCUUCAUGAUGGCUGUGUUUAUGAAAAAAA